CUAUAUAAUGCCGGCGCAAUGUGCCAGUUGCUGGAGUUGUUGCAGUCUAUGGUUCGAUUCUAUCGUCACUGUGCAAAUCGAUGUUUAUUCAAUGUCGAUAACUGGUUCUGUGAACACCGCACAUCGCUAGCUGGUGCUCCAGCAACCGUAACAAUGCCAGUUAGAUCCGAAGAUAUAAGAGAAAAAAUAGAAAAUGGAAUCUACAAGCUUGCAGUCAACGACAAAAGCACGCGCAGCACUGUGUGGCGCGUUUACCGAAAAAUUGAGAAAGAGGAUGGCACAAUCCUUGAGAACCUAUUGUAUUGCACUGGCUGCAAGGGAUUAAUGUCUUUUACCCACAAAUCGACGACAAAUCUACGCCGCCACAGGUGCCAUCUGCAGUAUCUAAAAAAAGCACUUGUCUUCGGAUGUAAAUCAAGCCCAAAAACACACGAAGGCGAAAUCGACACGAGCGAAGAGGAGCACCACUCACCGAUGGACGAAACGGAACGGAUACCCGCCGUAUUAGAGAUGGAGGUGAGCAAGGAGGAAAAGCAUCAACACCUUGAGGACGAGCUUGAAAAGAAACCCACUGCCGCAGACGUUGCCGCCUUCGCCAGUGCUUGCAUCGUCCAGCCUCAGCUCCAGCCCCAGCCCCAGCCCCAUCUUCAGAAACAGCCGGACAUACCGAUGUCCCUCGAUGUCACUGAAGCUCAGGAGUCCUCUAUAUACGCCCAAACAUGGUCCCUAGAGUAUCGCAAGCUCAGUGAAGACCAGAAGUUCUAUGCCAAACGAGCAAUUGACGAAAUCUUUGUCCUAGGCCGCUUACGGCGCUUGAAAUUAAACACCGUGCCCCCAGCUGAGUAAACAGUCAUCUCCUUGGGAUAAUUGUCAUUAUAAAUAGAGGAUAAUCUGUACAUAUACAAAUUGGUAUUAACUAAAAGAAAUAUUAAUAGCGAAAACCGCCAUCGGUUCUAAAAAUACAAAAAAAUCUCGUUCUCUAAGAAGUGGAAUGUUAUGGGAGAGAAGUCCAAAUUUAACUAUAUUGAAAUUUUUUUAUUGUUUUGGGGGAUUUUAUGAUUUUGAAAUAUCGAUAUCUUACGCCGCAAACAAUCGAUAACAAUUUUGUGUUAAACCACUAACUGUCACAAAACAAUUGUUUACGUUUAUCCAAUAAAAUUAAAAUGGCUAAUAGUACCGAAAGCCCCAAACGA